AUCGAAUCGCUCUUUUUAGUCAUCUUGUCCCGCCUUUCGUCUCGAGACCGCCCACAGUCGAAAAUAUUCAUGUGAGCUGAACUGAUGCUGCCAAUGCUCGAGCUGUGUUCUGUAUACAGAAGCAUGAGAAGUGUUGUCCUCCACAGACAUGGAAAAGUAUGAAAGGUUAAAGAAGAUUGGGGAGGGAUCCUUCGGGAAAGCCAUCCUGGUCAAGUCAAGGGAAGAUGGCCGACAAUAUGUUAUCAAGGAGAUUGGCAUCUCCAGGAUGUCCAACAAAGAAAGACAGGAAUCGCGUAAAGAGGUGGCAGUUCUGGCUAACAUGAGCCAUCCUAACAUUGUCCAGUACAAGGAAUCCUUUGAAGAGAGUGGUUGUUUGUACAUAGUAAUGGAUUACUGUGAAGGAGGGGACCUGUUUAAGAAGAUCAAUAACCAGAAAGGGAUUCUAUUUCCUGAAGAACAGAUUCUUGACUGGUUUGUGCAGAUCUGCUUGGCUCUUAAACACGUGCAUGACCGCAAAAUCCUACACAGGGACAUCAAGUCACAGAAUAUUUUCCUGACCAAAGAUGGUACUGUACAGCUGGGAGACUUUGGAAUCGCCAGGGUUUUAAACAGUACUGUGGAGUUGGCGAGGACAUGUAUCGGCACACCAUACUACCUGUCACCAGAGAUAUGUGAAAAUAAACCAUAUAAUAACAAAAGUGAUGUCUGGGCCCUGGGAUGUGUCCUAUAUGAAAUGUGCACGCUUAAGCAUGCUUUUGAGGCAGGUAACAUGAAGAACCUGGUGCUGAAAAUCAUCCGUGGUUCGUACCCGGCUGUUUCAGUGCAUUACUCCCAGGAUCUGCGCCUUCUCCUGGCCAAGCUGUUUAAGCGCAACCCCAGGGAGAGACCCUCAGUCUCGACCAUUCUGGACAAGCCUUUUCUUGUGCGCAGGAUUCACAAGUUUCUCACUCCCCAGCUUAUUGCACAAGAAUUUAGUCACUCACUUCACCUUCAUCAGCCUAAAACAAGUGUGGCCCAGGGAGCACCAGCCAAACGUCCUGCCCCUGGCCCCGCCCCCAUCUCUCCAGCUCAGAAAAUCACCAAACCAGCUGCCAAAUAUGGAGUGCCUUUAACAGUACGGAGACCACCGGAAGCUCUCAGGAAUGUCCCGGACGCAGCAAAGAAACCAAUCAAACUCAAGCAGGCCCCCCCUCCUGUGCCAGCGCGGAGGAGAAUGAGUCGAGUGGAGGAGGAGAGGAGGAAGCAUGAGGAAGGAGCGAGGAAGAAACGCAUGGAGAUGAUGGAGAGGGAGAGGAAACAAAGAGAACAGAUGUGGUUACUGAAGGCUUCUCAGAUGAAGAGAUUUGAAAGGGAAAAGCUGAACCGCAUAAACCGGGCUCGAGAACAGGGCUGGAAACAUGUACUCAGUUCUAGUGGAGGCAGCAGUCCUGAGCGGAAGUUCUAUGGGGGUGGUGGUGGUGGCGGCAUUGGAGCAGCUGGAAUAGUCCCCACCCCUCUGCCUGGCCCCACCCAUCUCACCCCCCAUGUUCCUGGCCCUUUCCAUGCUCCUCCCAGCCGAGUUCCUUUAGACCACGCCCAUUCACCUGCCGAUAAACCUGCACCCAAAGAUGCUGCUGUAGGAGACAUGGCUUCAGGGGACCACAACAGGACUCCUGCAGACUCAGGGAAUCUCAAUGGUCAUGCCUGCAUUCCUGGUAAGGAUGUCAUUAGAAGAGAACCACGGAAAGCAAGCCUCCAAAAUGAAAACGACUGCAGGUUUCGAGGUCAGCUGGCAUCAGAAAGGGCUAAGCAGGUGGAAGAGUUUCAUCAGCGGAAAAGAGAAGCCAUGCUGAAUAAAGUCCGAGCAGAGGGACAGCUGGGGUCCCGGCAAAACCUGGCCGCCAUCAUUGCAAGCUGGUCAAACUCCUCUCGAUGCAGGAGACCCCGAAUCAACAAAGAGGAGGAGGAGUACUUGGCAAGGCUACGGCAGAUCAGACUGCAGAAUUUUAAUGAACGCCAGCAGAUCAAAGCUCUCCUCAGAGGAGAGAAGCGUGACAGUGAUGGUUUAGACAGUCAGGAAUCAUGUGAAGAAGCAGUUCUCAGGAGAAGGAAGAUAGAAGCAUUGAAGGCCCAAUCAAAGUCUCGUGCCGCCCUACUCAAGGAACAGCUCGAAAAGAAGAGGAGAGAAGCCUAUGAGCGAGAGAAGAAAGCAUGGGAGGAUCAUCUUGUAGCACGAGGAGUAAAGGUCAACGUUGGACCUGCAGGUGGAGCUCCACCUCCUGUAGCCCCUCCCACUCAACAGUCUGAACCCACCCCUCAGGAAGCCGUCUCCAAAGCCACACCCUCUUCUAGACCCUCCAUUCCAGCCAUUUCCAUGACCGCUGCUUUAAAGGAUGUGGGCGCGAUCUCAUCUGGGCAGAGUUCACCUAUGAAAGAGGACUCUCUCAGAGUAGAAACUUCCGUUGUACAGAUUGAAAAGAAGGAGAUUCUCAGGAGGCUUAAUCAGAAGGUACAGACUCCUGAGGAAGAUGGAGAGAAAGCUUCCACAUCUUGUAGCAGUGAACCAUGCCCCCCUCCUCCUCAACCAAUCCAACAUCCCAUCACAGAGGAAAGACCGCCGACGGGUGGUGAUAGAAAGAAAUGGGAGGCUGUACCUCCACCUAUACUCUCUGUAGCCGAACAAACUCUGGAGGAGACCUGUGCGACUCUGGCAGCUUCUCAGGCAGCAUCUCCAGAGGCGAGUGCUCCCUCUGGUGGAGACAGGAAGAAAUGGGAGACGGAUGGUGCGUCUCUGUUGUCUGUGGCUCAACAAACUCUGGAAGAAACCUGUCUUGCUACAGCAGGUCGACUAACAGUAGGUGAAGUCAUUCGCAUGGACGAUUUGAAGGAGGAGGAGCCACGGAAAGCUUGGGGGCGGAGCCCAGACGCAGAGGUUCUGAAGGUGUUGGAAAAAGCCGAACUGCAAACCCUUACCCAGCAACUAGGUCAUACCAGCAUCUGCGACAACAUACAAACUGAAAGCCUUAAUCCCAUUGAAGAGUCUCCAGAUGCCACACAAGCCAAUCAAGUGCCUCUCUUUCAGCCAUGCCAGCCUGCUGAAGAUUCCAAACAGGAAGUGACAUAUCACAGCACAGUGCCGAUCACAACAGAGGUUAAAAGUCAGGAUUUAAUCUCACCAUCAACGGGGGAGCUGCAAAACACAGAUUCUGGUGAAAGUGAGACAGAAGUGGUUGAUGAUAUGGAGUCGAUCGUUUUGGAGGAAGCCGCUUCACAAACUACAAAGCCCCCAGAGGACGUUCUGCAAGCUUGGACCAAUGAUUCCCAAAUAUCUGAGCCAGCAGAUGGCAGGCUAAUUCAGGAAGAGUGCACAGAGAUGCCUCAAAGGGAGGAGAAACAGCCUGAACCCGCAGUUGAUGAAUCUCUGUUUGUGAAGCUGAGCAGCAGUCCGGCUCACAGACGCACGGUAGCAUUGGCCCUCCUGUCUGCCCAGUCCUCGGCGGAUGACUCCUCCUCCGUCACCUCACGGUCUCGGUCGGUCUCUCCGCAGCGGUCGCACCGUCAUGACGAUGCGCUUCUCAUCGGCCUCUCCACCGGCCUUUUUGACACAAACAACCCAAAGAUGCUGAGGACGUGCUCCCUACCAGACCUCAGUAAGCUGUUCAGUGAUGCUGUUGAACGCGAAGGUUCUGUCGCUCCUGAAAACAACCUGGAGGUCGAGGAUCUGGAGGACAAAGGAGAUGAACCAUCUGAAACUGAAGAUGUGUAUGAUGAUGAUGACUUGAGAGAGCUCAGGGCAUCUAUGGAGAGGCUUCUCCAAGAACAGCGUAGUGACGAAGACGAUGAUGAAGAGGAAGAUGACGUUGGAGGAUCCAACGGAAGUCCUGCUGACGAAGAGUCAGCCGGUGUUAAUGGGCUAGAAGGGGCUGGUGAGAAUCCCAGUCCUGAGACUCCUCUGGUUGUUUACAAUGGGACGGCUGAGGAACAUGAUGAUGUUAGUCACGAUGAAGAAGAGCCAGGAGAACUGGUUACUGAUGGAAUGGAAGUGGAGGAAGAUGAAGAGCAGAACAGCAGUGAAGGCCAGCUCAAUGAGGAGUGGCAUUCAGAUGACAGCGAGGAAGAGGAUGGUGAAGAACUAGAGCAGCAAGACAGCAUCUUUAGUCGUCUGGAGGAGCUGCGGUGUCAUCUGGAGCAGGCGAUGGGAUUUGAGAAUUUCAUCCAAGCGUACAACAAAAUCAAGGCCAUCCAUGAAGACGAGGAUGAGAACAUUGAAAUGGUCUCCAGCAUGGUGCAAAGCAUUUUGGGAACCCAGCAUCAGCACCUAUAUCCCAAAAUUCUCCAUUUGGUGAUGGCGGAUGGAGCUUACCAAGAAGAUAAUGAUGAAUAGGAGUUAUUCAUCCGUGCCAGUGGCAGCCUCGGACAAUCUGCUGGCAGGCUGAAGUGUUCCCAUGAUGCCUCUGACAGACCGACGAAGUGCACGUAGGGAAAGAGGGGGGGGGGGACGGGGGUGAGAAAGGGGGAAAUGGGCCACUCGGGCAUGGGCAGUUUAACGUCCACGGCUCGACUGCAGUUCUGCUUCCAUAUCCUAAGUAUCUAAGCACUACUUUGUAAAUUUUGUGUAUAAAAAUCUGCCGUGGGUGAUAAUAUUUAACCAAAGCGUAGCAGAGCGUUACCACAUGAGGGCAAAAAAUAAGAAGUCUGAGACUCGUGUGUCCCCUUAGCUGUUGACAGAUUGUAUGUUAAAGUGCUGCUCCGUGCUGUAUGAACUAACAGCUGAAGCUAUGAAAACUGCUUUUUAAGGCUUUGGACCGGCCAGGGAGGUCUAGUUCAGGGGUCAGAGGUCAAAUUUCUACCGAGUUUCAGGUGCUUGCACACAACGGGCAGCAGGUUGGGUGCAGCUGUCUACCUCAGACAACAACAGACCCGGCUAAACUUAGUCUCAAAAUUCCUUCUCAAACACAUUUUCAGAACCUCUUUUUGUACUUUUACAGACGUGACGUUUACAAAACGUGCUCCAAAAUUACUUUGCCUCUUAAGAUUUCUCACAUGUCAAGUUUGAAGCAUUUAAGCAUCGUUUAUAGACAGAACUGUUAUUGAGAGAGAUGCAGGAGUUACUAUGCAUAUAAAGAGCAACUAAACAGUAGCGUGCAUAAGCCCGCUCAGCGCGGCGUUAUUUUGGGUUAAUGACGGACAUUUAUGAAAUGCUGUGGGGAUGCUUUGUGCAUGUUAUUCACAGCUGCACUUCCAGCUGGAUGUGUUCAGACGGUUUCCUCAUUUUAGCUGGUACUUGAAAGUGUACAGAAAAAUUGUAUAGCAUUUUGAAGCAAUUGUUAAAUAAUUUAUGAGCGUUGUUACUGUGUGAUUGCAUGUCAUGUAUGUCUUUGUACUGAGAAAUAAAAGUCAUUUUUUUGAGAGAA